UUCUGUGGUACAACGGGAGAAAACGGGAACGAAUAAUAAACAAGAUCCUCCCAAUGGCCUCCCUCAGCCGAUCUCUCACCCAUUUCACCAAACUUGGUCCACUACUGCAGGGCACAAGGGCUGUAACGCAGGUCCCAAAUGUGUCCCAGAGAAGAACCUUCACGGCUUCGAAGCCAUUCCCGGUGGCCCAGUAUGGUGGACGGUUCACAGUCACCAUGAUGCCUGGUGAUGGUAUUGGGCCGGAGAUGAUGGGCUAUGUUAAGAACAUCUUCAGAUAUGCUGGUGUACCGGUUGACUUUGAGGAGGUCCAGAUCACACAAGACUCAACUGAAGAAGAAUUUGAGAAUGCUUUAAUUUGUAUCAAGAGGAAUGGUGUUGCUCUGAAAGGCAGCAUAGAGAGCAAGUAUGGAGACGUUUCCAGCGGCUCUCGUAACGCCACCCUACGCACAGAACUCGACCUUUUUGCCAAUGUUCUGCACUGUAAGUCCUACCCUUCAGUACGCUCCCGGUACAGUGACGUAGACAUUAUCCUGAUUCGGGAGAACACGGAGGGAGAAUACUCUAUGAUGGAACACGAGAAUGUGAAAGGUGUGGUUGAGAGUCUGAAGAUCAUAACAAGGAAAGGCUCAGAAAGACUGGCACGGUACGGCUUUGAGUACGCUACAAGAAAUGGUCGCAAGAAGGUCACAGCAAUUCAUAAAGCAAACAUUAUGAAAUUGUCUGAUGGACUGUUUCUGGAGACUUGCCGCAACGUAGCGAAGGAAUAUCCGGAAAUAGAAUUCAACGACAUGAUUGUUGACAACACUUGCAUGCAGGUGGUAGCCAGACCCCAGCAGUUUGACGUUAUGGUGCUGCCCAACCUGUAUGGUAAUGUGGUGUCUAAUGUCAUUUGUGGCCUGGUGGGUGGACCGGGUCUACUGUCUGGACGUAACUAUGGCCAUCAUUUUGCGGUGUUUGAACCAGGGACACGGAACACAGGGCUUUCGGUGGCAGGUCGCAACAUAGCUAAUCCCAUAGCCAUGCUGAACGCUGCGUGUGAUAUGCUGGAGCACCUGAAGCUUCAUUACCAUGCUGAGUUAAUCCGGGACGCCAUUGAUCAAACUCUCAAUGUGGAUAUGAUUCACACGACUGAUUUAGGCGGACAAGCAACUAGUCUGGAUGUUGUUCAGAACAUUAUUCAGGUGAUCCAGGCCAGCACCAAGGAGAACAAGUGGUAACGUUAACUCCUACCUUUACUUCUGUUGCUCUUGCCAGCUUAGUAGAACACAGUCACGGAGAUAAUCGAUGGCAGUCAAGAGCAGACUUCCCAGCUACCAGGACCUGUAUGAACCUGAGCCACAUCACCACCAGACUGCUGUACCAGGACAUGUGCAAACCUGAGCCACAGCAUAACAACCACUUAAAUACCACAGUUUCUCAUUUGUGGACUCGCUUGUCAUAUUGCUGUUGUUUAUUUAUGUCAGUGCCAUUCCAGUUACACAGAAAUAUUCUGGGCACAGAUUCUUAGUAACACAGCCAUUGACAGUGAACGUCUGCUAUCUACUUCAUGGUCCCUCCAGCCAAUGAGCACGGAAUCCCUCUUCCUCAGUUCUCUUUUCUUGUGGCAGGAUCUACACUCUGAUAUCGAUUAUAGUAAUAAAUAAAAAAAAAAAAAAAAAAAAA